UAUUUGUUUAUCCCGGCAUGCAAUUUCCAAGAUGGCAGCCCCGGACCCGAAAAGUUCGCCAAAAGAUGAGGGCUCUCCCUCAGACGUACCCUUGAACCCAGAGCCAAGACAGCAGAUGAUUGAAACUGCAGUGAAAUUUCUACAGAAUCCCAGAGUCAGACAGAGUGCAUUUGCUCAGAGGAGAGCGUUCUUACAAAAGAAAGGGCUGACAAAUGAAGAAAUCCAGUUGGCAAUAGAGAAGUCAGGGACAGCUUCCGAUGAAACCAACCCUCCACCCCCACCUCCUGCACAAGUGGCACAGUCCACAGCCCCUGUACCUCUACAACCACCUGUUAUUGUUCCAGUGUCUCCCUGGUCCAAAUGGCGGGACAUGGGAGCUGUCAUUGUGUUGGUGGGAGGGGCGUUAUAUGGACUGUACAGACUCUUCCAGGCAUACCUGGUGCCACUGUGGAAGACCAGACAGGAGGAAAGACAGAGACUGGAGAGGAUAGAAGCAGCAGUGACUGAGCUCAGCGCUUCUGUCAACAAAACAGUUGGUGAGUUGCAGACCUCCAUGGGAGUGGUUCAGCAGGCGCUAACCAAACAGUCAGACAGGGUUCAGGAGAUCUCCAUGGAACUGGCAGCUGGGAAGUCCACAGCACGAGUGUUUGAGAGCCAGAGUGUGAGUGAGCUGAAGGCUGAGAUUACUUCUCUCAAGGGUCUGCUCCUCAGUAGGUAGGUAACAAAAUAUUUGACAGAUCACUAUACAUUUCCCCCCACCCCCUCUCCGACCCCCAUCAUCCCGUCUUGGCAGAUGGAGCCUGUUGACUCCGCCUCCUCCUCCAGCAGUAAACCUGCCACAACCAGCAGUGAGGUUUCACCGGCCGAACAACCGCUUCCUGCUGACUCCAACCAUGCAGCGGAAACUCUGGAUGUUGCCCAGAACAACGGGCCCUCGGCUCAGAAAACCGUUUCCACAUCGGAGAGUAGCGAAGACACGAGCUCGAGUAUCGUCCACGUCAGCAACCCGCUGGACGACCUGUCGAGCGGUGAGGAGAUGGAGGCCAAAGGUCAGAUGGAGGUCAAAGGUCAGAUGGAGGUCAAGGGUGAAGAGGUCACAGCAGAGGUCAACCAUCAGGGUGAGGAGGACAAUCGGGAAGAAACUGUGAUAAAGGAAGCUUAGUUAGUGUUGUCCUGAACUGAUCCCACAAGUCUACCCUGUAUUGGAAAUAAUCAUUCUUCAUCAGGGCUUAAAGUAGCAGGUUUAUAGAACUGGGGGUUUGGUGGUCUUCGGCUGUUUUCUGAUUAGCCCAGUUCUCAAAAAACGGGGGUAAUUCAACCAGGCCGGCUAUGUUGUCUAUAUGCA